UUUAGAAUUUAACCUCUUGUUUGUUAUGAAACAGGAAGCUACACUUUUUAAAGAAGAAGGUUAGCUUUUAUUUUGGUCUUUGCUCAGUGGUGACAUGAGCAGGUUUCACACACUCCUGAGUGCUGAACGGGUCUGACAUCUGAAAACGACAAUGAAGUUACACCUGAGGAUCAUCAUCUUUUUAUUAGUGAUCGUCUCAUCUUCUGAUGUAAAGUUGAAGAGUCACCAGUCAGGCAUUAAGGGAGGAUCCAUCACUUUUCCUGAUCCUUUGGAGAAUGGACUUUUUAUAUUUCAAGGAAGUAGCAUUGCUGAAGUGAAGGACAAAAAAAUAGAUAUAUUGGAGGAAACUUACAAUGACAGACUUUUAUGGAACAACAAAACUGGUCUUUUCACAAUCAGAGGACUAAAGCGGAAUGACUCUGGUGUUUAUAGUAUUGACCCUAAAAAAGGAAUUAGUUCCAAAAGAAGUCAUAAACUCAGUGUAUAUGAGUCUGUAGCAGCUCCUGCAGUGGAAGCUGUGAACGUGAGCGCAGAGAGCUGCUCCUUUCUGUGUUUGGUGAAAAAGACUGAAGAGACGACUCUGCUGUGGUACAAAGACGAGGAAAUAAUCAACCAGAGCAGCUCUGCUCUCUCACUGCCUCUCACUGUACACAGACAUGAUGUCAACUCAUCUUAUAGAUGUGUGGCAGCCAACCCUGCUGAAAAUAAGACUCUUCAUGUCGAUGUAAGGAACAUCUGCAGUCCAGGUGGCAGUAACACACAGUCCUGGUUGUUCCUGACUCCUGUGUUGGUGUUUUGGGUUACUUUUGCUGUUUGCAUCCUUUUGACAAACAUGAAGAGAAAGCGAAAGAGAGAGACUGACGGCUGAUCUACAAUCAUAUGCAAACAGUCGUGAAAUGUGAGGAAGCUCCAGACUGAGGUUUGUGUAGCUGCCAUGACAUCCUGCAGUGCUUUGUGAAUGUGGCAUCACCAGAUGAGGAACAACAGAUGCAUUGACUGAUCCAAAGUGGGAAAUGGAAUUGAUAAUGAACGUGACACGACAUGUGAUAGUGUUUGACUUGAAAAGUCAACACUUGAGACUGGGAAUAUUGAAAACAUGAAAAAAAGUAAAACACUUAUCGUUAAAAAGAUUAAUUUCACCAGUAAUAAUAAUAAUAAUAAUAAUAAAAUCCACAUAUUAAAGUCAAAGAAGGGGAAGAGAGUUGAAAACUGGAAAAAAUUGCUCCUGAUCCUUCCCACACAAAUCAGACUGCAAUUGCCUUGAAUACUUGAACACUUCAAUUUGAAAGACUUAACUUUUUCCUACAUCAUACUGUACCUUAAUUAUUUUAAUGCAUCCUUUCCUUUAUUCAACCAUUCGCUCUUAAUAGUUUUUAUCCAUUCCUAAUCCGGCUAAUUAGCCUUCUUCUUAUGUUGUAGUCUUCAAUUCUCUGUUUCUUUUAUAUAUUUAUUUUAUGAUCUAUCUUUUAUCCAUCCCUCUUUAUCUUCUUUUUUUUAUGUGAUGUCAUCUUCUUCUUCUUCUUCAUUUUUAUAUGAUGUUAUAUGAUUCUUAGUUGUGUUGACUUUUUCUCUUGUAUUUACAUUCUUUAACUGUGUGGCUUUUAUAGCUUUAACUUUAACAACAUGAGCUGCUGCAUCAAUCUGGAGACAUAACUGAACAGAGUCUGAUAAACAAAAGGGUUUAUUUUAUUUGCUGUUAUUUGUUUUGUGCAUUUUUCCUUUAUUUGUUGUAGAAAAUGUGAUAUUUACAAUCCUGCAGGGAGGUGCAUUAUAGUUUUGCAGGUACAGACAUCAUUUAUAGAAUUAUUAAAAAAACAACAAUAAGUCAAUCUUUUCAGGAAACAUGAACUCCAAAGAAAGUUUUUUCAAUGGAUUUAGCAAUUGCACAUGUUUUGAUAUUGAUUGCAGGUAGUAAGGAGAUAAUAAUACAUUUUAUAAGUCUGUUUCCUGUAGUCACAGUCAGUACACACUCUGCAAUAACAAAACAAACAAACAGAUGAAAAGUACUCUAACCAGAGACUCUGUCUGACAAACCACAUGAAACAAACAGAUUUUUUUAUAUUUUAUAUAAAUAUGUGCAGUGUUGAGGAGUGGUUUCAGUAUCUAAUGACCCACAACAUGUUUCUGAUGGUGUCUUUUCACAGUGCAGUGAAACAGCGCUCUCUUGUGUCACCUUUCAUCAUUACAUCUGCACCCACCGUUUUAGAACUUCUCUUGACGAAUGUAAUAUUGAUGUAUGUACCAAAAAACAAUAUAAAUAAAGUAAGAAAGCUCA